UACAAUCCAUAUUGAAGUGAAAACACUGCAAAACUUGCUGUAAAAGUAGAUACAAGUGGACCAUAUAUUAUUGUUCUUUUGUACAACAAGCAUAUGUAGCAUCUUUUUCCUUUCUUUUUUUCUCUGAUAUAACCAAAACAACCUAAAUGAAUUUGAUCCAUUACCAAAAUGGGUAUCACUGGAGAACUUGUAAGGAGUGCAUUCUCAAAAAAUAGAUCUUUUGGAACCACCCAUGACACCAAUGUGAUGAGAAACCAUGCAGUUGAAAGGAAGAGAUGGGCUUCUGUUAGAUCAUAUCUUUGUGGCGAUGAAUUGAGUUCGAUUCUAGCCGAGGAAGAUUUAGGUUCUAGAAGAAGCUCAAAAGCCGCUGUGAAUUCGGUUGUUGUAGAGGAUUAUUCUAAUUCGGCUCGAACGUCGAAAGCUACUGUUUUUAGUUCAAGACUUGAUGACGAUUCGACGUCUGUCAAGGGUGGUUCAGAGACUACGGUCACACAACCUGUUUCUGAUCAAAACUCAAGUGAGACUCUAGAGGUUGAUGGUGAAAAGACUAAAUUGCCCUCCGAAAACGAAGCUGCAGUUGUCAUUCAGUCAGCAUUCAGAAGUUUUCUGGCCAGACGUCAAACUGAAGAUGUGGGUGAUGGGGAUCUAGAGUCGGUGGCAACAUCAGUGAAAGUACAAACAGGAAACUCAGUGGUUGAGGUUAAAGAUGAAAAUGAAAGUUUCACUCAGCGAAUGAAGCAUCACAAGACCCCCAAAGUACAAACAUCAAAGCUAAAGCCAAAAGAGUGGGAUGAUAGCACUGUGAGUAGCAACAUCAAAAAAAUGAGGAUUCAAAACAGACUAGAGGCAUCUACAAGGCGCGAAAGGGCACUCGCCUAUGCUUUCUCACAACAGCUAAGGAUAUGCUCAAAGAAGAAACAAAGUGUUAGAUCGGGGAAUGAAGCAGAAGCGAACAUGAGUUGGAGUUGGCUCGAACGAUGGAUGGCAACCCGACAACAUGAUACUUCUUUUGGGGACAUAAGCAAACAAUUUGAGGAAUUAAAUGGGAAUCAAAAACUAAUGGUAAAAAAUAGAGUAAUAUCAGAUUUAGCAGGUGAAGAGAAGGAAAGUUGUGGAUCAAAUGAAGUUUCAAUACAUUUCGAUAACGUCUCUUUGAGCUCAAAAACCACUGAAAAAUCUUACUGUAAGCCCGUUCGGAAUAGGGUCAAGGCUGCAAGUGUCACGAGGCGGAAAAAGCCAACACGUUACGGUCUCAAUAAGGAGUCUUGUAAGGUGAACAAGCAAGGAGAGAGAGAAAUUAGAUGUGAACAUCAACAAUAACUACUCUAGGUUUAAUUUUAAUGAUCAAUAAUUUUAUGUGCUAUAUAAGUUUAUUAAUGGUGUGGUAAAUUUGUAAAAAAAAAAAAAAAAAACCUAAGUUUUAUCUAGGUUGGGUUUUUAAACUGUAUCAGAAUUUGAAAUUAUAAUUUGCUAAAGGUUAUUGUAAGUUUUUAUUGUUAAAAAAGAAUAUAUCUUGAAGUUAUUAAUUAAAAUUAUUUAUUAAAGGUUA